AUGGAAUCCGAGUCGAUUAAAUCAACUACCAGAAGGAACGUGUUCAUAGCAGUAGAUAAACUAAAAGUGUGGACGCCUGAAAAAAAAUCUUGGUGGAGAAAAAGCCAAUUGAAAGCGAAGCUAUUAUUCUUAACAAUGAUAAGGAAGUGGCGAACAAAUUCCUUCCUACACCUACCUGGUCUCUCCCAACGGAGUAAGUCAGCAGAGGAGGCAGACUCCCUUCUUUGGUGCCUUCUUUCUAGCAAUGAGUUCCUCGCCCAACGAGGCCAAGACAGCCCAAACGGUUUCGCUUUCAACCAUCUUUGGUAUGACGCCUUGCAGAGCAACCCUUCUACAUAUGGUGCGGGCAAAACUACAUUCUUGGUAUCAUUGGCGGGUAAAUGUAACCUGCCUAGCACUGGCACCGUCACAGUAUGCGGCAGAGAUGUCAAAGAUUUGUCACAAGGCGUGGUUGAAGUAUUGCCGCAGUUUGAUGUCUUCAUGGAUAGUCUAAGUGUUAAGGAGCAUUUGAUAUUUAUGAUAGAAAUGAAAUUAGGAAGCACAAAGAAAUUCAAAAACAAAAACAUUCUCAAAACGUUACUGCAUGAACUAAAUUUGGAGCCUUUGGAGAAUUCUUCUAUCAGGUCGCUGUCUGGAGGAGAACGAAGGUUACUGUCUUUGGGUACCUCGUUGAUCUCCAGCCCGCAAAUUCUCAUCUGUGAUGAACCAACAACGGGUCUGGACAGUUACAAUGCUGCCCUAGUUAUAGGAGUUCUUAAGAAGUUGUCACUCUAUGGCAAAACUGUCAUAUGCUCCGUACACCAACCAUCGUCAGAUUUGUUCAGAGAAUUCAAUUCCGUUGCUUUAAUGUCUGAAGGAAAAAUGCUGUUCCAUGGGACGAGGAAUGAAAUCAAAUCUGUAUUUGAAAGAUUAAAUCUCAAGUGUCCCGUCAAUUAUAAUCCGUCAGAGUUUUACAUAAAAGUUGUCUGUACGGAUUCGUUCAAAAACAUCUCAGAACUAGUUGUAGAUAGGACUGAGAACGACGGAUACUAUGAAGGCAAUGAUACUACUCCCAUGAUAUCAGCGCAAGUCGAAAUAUGUCAAAGGAAUUGGUUCGUCCAAGUCUACCUUUUGUUAUGGCGAUCAACAUUGACUUUGAAGAAGGGUAUCAAAGAAUACAUCGUCCAGAUUCUGAUAACUACGGUAAUAUCUUCGAUGAUAUUGGGUACGUGUUACAUCGGUAUAUCUGGGACGACCCAGCAAGGAGUCCAGGACCUUAGAGGUUUUUUAUGGCUGGUCUGUUCUGAAGUAUCCUUCAGUGUAUCAUACUGCGCUCUGUACGCCUUCCAGAAUGAUCUAACUCUUAUUAAGAGAGAGGCGGGAAUUUAUAGGGUGUCCGCUUUCUACGUCAGCAGAUUACUGAGCACGUUACCCCGAUGCAUCAUCUGGCCAGUUCUGUACGUGGUGCUGGCGACACUGGCUGUAGAGUUGCCAAAUCAUUUUCUGACUGCAACUAAAUUUGUACUCGUACUUAUCGUGACUGCCAUUGCUUCUUCAGCCUAUGGUUUGAGUAUGGGCGCCCUUUUUACGUCUUCUGGUAUAAUGGGGGACGUGAUGCCGUGUGUAGAUCUGCCUUUAUUUCUCAUGUCUGGAGCUUUCCUCAGAAUAUCAUCACUACCUUAUUGGCUGUAUCCUCUUAAAUAUAUCUCUCAUUUUUACUACGGUAUGGACGCUAUAAGCAAUAUAUAUUGGAGGCAGAUUGAUACUAUAGAAUGUCCUCUAAAUUCGACAACAACUUGCUUAAGAAGUGGAGCUGCGGUUUUAAUGGAAAACGGAUAUUCAAGUGAUUUUGUAUUGCAAGAUACUUUAGGUAUAACUCUUAUAAUUCUACUGUGGAGUUUGUUGGGGUUAUUCGGUUUGAAACGAGAAGAAAGUAAAGGUUAUGCUUAUUAA